AUUCUUGCAAACAAGUGUCCGUGGCGCUCUCCCCGCGGCCCUGGGACGCGCUCCGCCGCCCCCAGGCGGCCCUCCUCGCGCCAGGCCCGGUUCUUAUGGGGCAGGAAGGAGCGAGGAAGCCCCUAGCAGCGCAACCCGGGAGCCACUGCUGCGACCCUUGGCCCAAGCGGCCCGGACAGCCGGACAGCCCCGUGCGGGGGCCGUGGACUCGGCUUGGCUGCCAGGCGCGCGGGCGCGGGGUCGCAGCGCGAGCAGCUCCCGGGCUGUCGCCGAGCCAGCUCGACAGAAUAACGUGCUUGGUGUGCCCACCGCUGGGAGGGGUUGCGGGUUCCGAGAGCAGCCUCCCAGUUUCCAUUGCUUUCUCUUGGGGAGGAUCCACCGCCGGGAGGAAGAAUUAGAAUAAACCUUGCCGAGGCGUUGAAGUGGCUUCCGAGCUAGCCGGCGCCGGGGCCGCCGCCUCGUGUCCCCUCGGGGCGCAGCGCUGGGAGGUCCGCGGGCCGGAGCCGAGGGCGGCGGGCUCGAGUGAGCAGCUGUGCGAGGGGUCGGGCGCGUGGCGAGCCCGGAGUCGGCCAGGCGGCCCCUGGCACCUCGCGGGACCUCCAAGCCCCGGCACGCGGGCUGGAAGCGACUGAGGACCGUCCCUCCAGGAAGGAGAUGCGGCUAUGACAGCUGGGCUCCCGGAGGGGUUAACCUGAGUCUCCUCAGCAAAGUUGUCGCCGAGCUCGGAUCCCGCGUAGGGGCCGCGGCGCCGCGGCUCGGGGUGGUGGUGGUGGCUCAGCAGGGCCCGCGUGGCCGGGGGGCUUCUGGGGGUGUGCGCCCCACGCCGGCUGCCCUCGUGGAUGCCUCCCGGCGGCGGCGGGCCCAUGAAUGACUGCGAGUACAGUCAGAUCAGCACCCACAGCUCCUCCCCCAUGGAGUCGCCCCACAAGAAGAAAAUCGCGGCCCGGAGGAAAUGGGAGGUUUUCCCGGGAAGGAACAAGUUCUUCUGCAACGGGAGGAUCAUGAUGGCCCGGCAGACUGGCGUCUUCUACCUGACUCUCAUCCUCAUCCUGGUCACGAGCGGACUCUUCUUCGCCUUCGACUGCCCGUACCUAGCGGUGAAAAUCACCCCUGCCAUUCCCGCGGUUGGUGGCAUUCUGUUCUUCUUUGUGAUGGGGACCCUGCUUCGCACCAGCUUCAGUGACCCUGGAGUCCUCCCGCGAGCCACGCCUGACGAAGCUGCCGAUCUGGAAAGGCAAAUAGAUAUCGCAAAUGGCACCAGUUCAGGGGGGUACCGCCCACCCCCCAGAACCAAAGAAGUCAUCAUCAAUGGCCAGACUGUGAAACUUAAAUACUGUUUCACCUGCAAGAUUUUCCGGCCCCCGCGUGCUUCCCACUGCAGCCUUUGCGAUAACUGCGUAGAACGGUUUGAUCACCACUGUCCCUGGGUAGGCAACUGUGUGGGGAAAAGAAACUACAGAUUCUUUUAUAUGUUUAUUUUAUCUCUGUCUCUCCUGACAGUCUUUAUAUUUGCCCUCGUUGUCACCCACGUCAUUCUUCGUUCGCAGCAAACGGGAUUCCUUAACGCUCUGAAGGACAGCCCUGCGAGCGUGCUGGAGGCCGUGGUGUGCUUCUUCUCCGUCUGGUCCAUCGUGGGACUCUCGGGUUUCCACACCUACCUGAUCAGUUCCAACCAGACGACGAACGAAGAUAUUAAAGGCUCUUGGUCAAAUAAAAGAGGUAAAGAGAAUUAUAACCCCUACAGCUACGGAAACAUCUUCACAAACUGCUGUGUUGCCCUGUGUGGGCCCGUCUCCCCCAGCCUCAUCGACAGAAGGGGGUACAUCCAGCCUGACACCCCACAGCCAGCUGCACCCUCCAACGGGCUGUCCGCGUACGGGGCCACGCCAUCCCAGAGCGACAUGUGCGACCAAGACCAGUGCAUUCAGAGCACCAAAUUCGUUUUGCAGGCCGCGGCCACGCCCCUGCUGCAGAGCGAGCCCAGCCUCACCAGCGACGAGCUGCACCUGCCCGGGAAGCCAGGCCUGGGCACGCCCUGUGCCAGCCUGACGCUGGGGCAGCCCACGCCUCCCUCCUCCAUGCCCAACCUCACCACCGAGGCCGGGCUCACAGACAUACUGCCCCUGAAGGAGGAGCACGUGGGCCACCAGUUCCUGACCCCAGAGGAAGCGCCCUCGCCUCCCCGGCUGCUGGCCGGCAGCCCCCUGGCCCACAGCCGCACCGUGCACGUCCUGGGCCUGGCCAGCCAGGACUCUCUGCAUGAAGACUCGGUGCGUGGCCUGGUGAAACUCAGCUCUGUGUGACCAUGCGGCCUGGCCACCAGGGACUGCAGGCCACGGGAGUGGGCAGAGGGCAGCCGCCCGCAGGCACUCUCCCAUGACUCAGUGCCACACUGGCGAGGAUGACUCCUGGUCCUGGUCACAAGGACCACGUGGAGGGUCAAUGGAUCCCCUCUGAUGGCAGAGGCGGCAGGACUCCAGUGCUCACAGCUUGGUGUUAUUGGCAUUUUCUUCCCCAACUGACAGCUUUGAUAACAAUGACAAUAGAGGGGUAGCUAUUUUCAGGCAUUCGGAACAUGAAAGGUGGGCAUGGGGACAGAGGAGCCUGGGAGAUCUGACGUCCACGGCUGGCGGGAAGAACAGUGCCUGGAUGUCACGCUGUCUGCUUGUUGCUCGUGUGACAGACACACGGAAGGUUUAUGAGACUGGUGGCCAGACUGAUAUUGCACUUACAUGUUAUGCUACUAAUAUUUGAAAUAGACAUGCCAUUCCAUUUGUUAAUUUUAAAAAAAAUACCUAAAGGGAAAAAAACGACCUGAUGUGGAUUUGCAUGCCACGCUAUUCUGUUUACAGUGGUGUUGGUAUUCAGAAGGAAGUGCUGCUUUCUUUUUCUCUUUCUUUUUAAUUUUGUGAAUUUUCAAGUGCUGUUUAAUGGGAAGAUGGUACAAGAAACCAGGACUAACAGCACCGUCGCCAGCCAGCUCCUCUGGCCUGGUCACCGCCGCCCGGACAGGCGGGCUGCAGAGUGCGGUGGCCUUUUACCAGAUCGAGAACCAGUUCACCUUCUGUUUAGUGGUCAUCCCGGGUCUAGUGUCAUGCCACAUCCGCCACAGUCUCCGCCUCCUGUGUGACCACACUUCCUGUGGGCAGCCAAUAAAAUGACGUCCUCUGUUACUUGGGGUCUGUGUGCAGUUGUCCUUAACAGCUUAAAUGACAACCAAGUCAUCGGGAUGGCUGCAGAGUCUGUUCUUUUUGAAGUGUCCCUAGCAAGGAGGUCCCCAAACCGCCAAAAAUCAGACCGUUGAAUUGUGGGUACAGAGGGGAUGAUUUCUUAGCUAAGAGAGCUUCUUUUCCCAUUAUUUGUGUCAUUGCUUUCAUCAUCUCUUUUCAACACUGUUUUAGUGGAAUUUGUCCCAGGUUCACAGGCAAUUCCUCUGUGUCACGUAGAGGGGAGCGGAUUCUUGGGGACAAGGUGUGCCAUGGGACCAUCUGCUCUGCCUCCUGCCAGUGUGGCACCGAUGCUCAGACGGGUGACCUGCGGUCCUAGUGAACGUAUGGAAAAAAGAGGGGAAACCAGCCUAAGUCUGGGCUGAGAUCACGUAGGCUGUCAUUCUUACCUGGACACUCACCGGAGUGGAAGUAAGAAAAUUACCACUCCGUGCGGGCCCAUGCGUCACCUGGAAAGGAACUGGCCGUGUCCGUAGGGAGUCGAGUCUCUGUGGAGGCAGCUGCGGGGACUGCGAGGAUUGUCCUGGCUUCUCUCCAUUUGGUAAAUCCAGUAGCCAGACUACUCAGGCUGAAAAUCCUGCAGGCCCCACAGCCGCAGGGACGACGAGAUGCCCCAGAUGAUCGGCAUUUAUGGGAAAAGGCUGUUUCAUCUGAGAAAGAGCUGCUGGUUUUAUAUAAAAGAAAAAGAAAGGAGGAAAGGACAAAAAAAAGCACAGUUUCUUCUAGUCUUAUUGGGAAUCAAGCCAAUUCUCCAUACAUCAAAAAAACAAUUUGUGCUGGAAAUAACCAAAGACUUCUAAGCCACGGUAUCUCCGAACCGUCCCUGUCUCAUAUAGAACAAAUAGAAAAUGCGAGAGGUAAAUUGUGUGUAGCUAUUAUUCGUUUUCUGGGCCUCCUAACUACUUGGAAUUCAGAAUGAGGAGGGUAGCAUCUCCCCGCCCUUAACAACCGCUCGCAGCCAUCGGUGCCCAGGGAUUCUUUCUGCACUGUCUGAGAGCAAACGCGACGGCCCCACCACCUGCCUCCGCGCUGCCCAUCCCUCUCUGCUCCUUCCUUCUGCUGCCCAGAGCCAGUUGAGAGCUGGCCCCAGCGAGGGAGGGGCAGGAUGGCCCCCUCUCACUCUGGGUCUGUGUGGCUCGGUUCACCCCCAACUUCUGUCCCUGGAACGCAGAGACAGCGGUCUUCAGAGUCUUUCCAACAUUCUCUAAUUCAGUGCUUGCUGAUUUCCAACCACCAGCUCUCUUUCCCACCUCCUUAUGAAAAAAUCCAAGUAGGAGCCGUUAUUCAUUUGUCU